GCUAUCUAUACUUGCACAGAUUACAGAGAACACAACCUCUGUGAUCUGUGCUAUACUUGUCUUUAUCUAUGAUAAAGACAAGUCGAAGUCUUUAUGAUGUUGACACAUUUUUUUGUAUUAUGAUUGUACGUUUUUUUUGUUAAAAAAGGCAUGUUAGCAAGUGAAUAAAAUGUGGUACGCGGCUUUGUUUCGAUUUUUAAGGCGCCGGAUUAUCCUGGGGCUUAUUUUAACACUCUCAUUGUGUUAUUGCAUUUUCAGCUAUAUAGGAAAAUCAGAUUUUUUGGACAACGAUGACGAGGUGCCCGUUAGAAGAACCCAACCAUUCAUUUGGAGAACUUUACAAGAACAUAACUCGACUAAUGAUGUGGCAGCUACUUGCAGGAACUCUGUACAGGGAAGAGUCCUGAUGGUGGACGACCGAGGAUUUCUAUGCACUCGAAGUGAGCUUCUAAGUAGUGGCUGCUGUAACAGUGAACUCCAAACUGUUAUACAGUAUACUUGUGAAACAUGCAACCCAAAGCAAUGCUGUGGUAUUUACGAGUACUGCGUAUCUUGCUGUUUACAUCCAGAUAAGAAAGAGUUAUUAGAGGCUAUUCUGAAAAAAGCGACAGAGCAGAACAACAUUUUGCUUGCCUCAGCAUCAGAUCAUUUCGAAUUGUGCUUAGCUAAGUGCCGAACCAAUUCGCAAAGUGUGGUGCAUGAGAAUUCGUACAGAGAUCCCUCAGCGAAGCACUGUUUUGGAGAAACAGUUCCAAUUCCAAAUUACGUAGAAACGUAGGAGGCCGCUAAUCCACAGGUGUGUGCUAAUUAUCCACUGUUUAUUGGACUAUUGGUAAUAUUUGGGUUUUUUUUACUCGUUUUAUAAUGGGCUUGAUCGAUAACAAUCCAAAGGAAUUUAAUUCCAUUUACUUUAGUUUUUAUUUUGUAUUCUAUAUUUACAGUAUCUAGGGAAUAUUGUGGAAAAUACCCAUGAACAAGUUCAUGGUGUUAUUUUGUUCGGUUUAGUAGGUAUAUAUUUUGACCUGUAAAAAUCAAAAUUUACUUUCAAUAGUACUCAUUUUAGGAAGAUACCAAGUUAGUAAAAUGAUUGUCAAUAUUUCAAAUAGUAACCGAACUUUAGCCACUUUUCUUAUAGUAGUAACGAGUUUACGCUUAGUAUACAAACUGCGUUUAGGAACAACCUACUUUCUGCGUACCUUUUCAUUGGGACUUCCCAUACCUUGAUGUAUCUCAGGAAUAUGUAUAGUAAUUAUCUUUAUAAAAUGUGCUUUACUUGAACAAGUAGUUUUCGGGUGCUGUUUUUACUCUUCAUCGUGAGGAAUGUUUCAACUAUUACAGCCGUUGAGUUACCUGUACAAUGUUUUGCUUGAAAUGACAAUUCGGAGUUUUUGUGUGUAUGUCGUCGAUGUUAUUUAGUAAUAAUUAAUUAAAAUGCCCGUUGAUUAAAUGCGAGUUUUCAAGCAUUCCAUAUAACUGUGCGCCAAACUUAUAUUUCACUUAAAAGAUAAAUUUCCCACUCAUGGAAGUUUGAAUAAACCAAAUGAUUCUGCCCAGAGUGAAUGUCACAUUUAUGGUGGAUAUAGUUUUAAUAAUUUUUAUAUUUUUUUGAUACAUAAUUUGUCUGCUAUUUAAUCGCAUUUUACUAUUUUUGCGCCUUAGAAUGGAAACACCCUCAGACAUAUAUUUACCCUACUGACUUAAGUUGUGGGCUCAAAUCAAAUGUGCCAUAUUGGCGUUGGAUUGUUAUGUAAAUCAGUUUAUAUUCCACAUAUGUUUUAGACAAUACAUUUUUAUUAGUUGUGAUUCUACCUACUAAUGAAAUUAUCAUGAAUAAUAAACAUGGAAUAUAAUAUUGAGGAAAAA